UCUACCCCUGCCCUGUGGAGCCACAGUCCAUCCUGUCACUGCCUGGAGCUGUGGCACCAUGCACAGGGGCCAGGGGCCGCUGCUCCUCCUGCCACUGCUGGCUGUCUGCCUGGGAGCCCAGGGCCGGAACCAGGAGGAGCGUCUGCUCGCGGACCUGAUGCACAACUACAACCCCCAUCUGAGGCCCGCCGAGCGCGACUCGGAUGUGGUGAACGUCAGCCUCAAGCUCACCCUCACCAACCUCAUCUCCCUGAACGAGCGAGAGGAGGCCCUCACCACCAACGUCUGGAUAGAGAUGCAGUGGUGUGACUACCGCCUGCGCUGGGACCCACAAGACUACGAGGGCCUGUGGGUGCUGAGGGUGCCGUCGACCCUGGUGUGGCGGCCGGACGUGGUGCUGGAGAACAAUGUGGAUGGCGUGUUCGAGGUGGCCCUCUACUGCAACGUGCUCGUGUCUCCGGAUGGCUGUGUCUACUGGCUGCCCCCUGCCAUCUUCCGCUCCUCCUGCCCUGUCUCCGUCACCUACUUCCCCUUCGACUGGCAGAACUGCACCCUCAUCUUCCAGUCCCAGACCUACAGCACCAACGAGAUCAACCUGCACCUGAGCCAGGAAGAUGGCCAGACCAUCGAGUGGAUUUUCAUUGACCCCGAGGCCUUUACAGGUAACCUCCACCCAGGGUGCUUGCUGGACCCGGCUGCGAGGACAGGGCCAGGCCAAGAUCUUGCCCCCUCCCAUGUAACUCAGAUGAAAACUACAGUCAACCAUAAAAUAUAUUCUUUCAAGGGCCCAAAAAGUUCUGGUUUUCCCCAUGAUAAUUACUCCAGUUGUGGGGGAGGGAGAUCAAGUAUCCAGUCUCGCCCCCGCCCCGACCCCCAUGUCCGUCCCUCCAUGGCGCUCCUUCGGGCACACGCCGGCUGCCCUGCAGCUGGGUCACGUGGGCUGCGGGGUCUGCCCUGGCCACACUCUCCGUGCCCAUGCCGGCCUGCUGCCCGCAGAGAACGGGGAGUGGGCCAUCCGGCACCGGCCAGCCAAGAUGCUGCUGGACGCGGGGGCAGCACCGGCCGAGGGGGCGGGUCACCAGAAGGUGGUCUUCUACCUGCUCAUCCAGCGAAAGCCCCUUUUCUACGUCAUCAACAUCAUCGCACCCUGCGUGCUCAUCUCCUCCGUUGCCAUCCUCAUCUACUUCCUUCCUGCCAAGGCGGGUGGCCAGAAGUGUACUGUCGCCAUCAACGUGCUCCUGGCCCAGACCGUCUUCCUCUUCCUUGUGGCCAAGAAGGUGCCCGAGACCUCUCAGGCGGUGCCACUCAUCAGCAAGUACCUGACCUUCCUCCUUGUGGUGACCAUCCUCAUUGUCGUGAAUGCUGUGGUCGUGCUCAACGUGUCCUUGCGAUCCCCACACACGCACUCCAUGGCCCAUGGGGUCCGCAAGGUGUUCCUGCAGCUCUUGCCUCAGCUGCUGCGGAUGCACGUUCGCCCGCUGGCCCCGGCAGCAAUGCAGCAUGCCUGGCCACGGCUACAGAAUGGCCCCUCCUCGCCGUGGCCAAUCACAGCUGGGGAGGAAGGGGCCCUCUGUCUGCCUCGCAGCGAACUCCUCUUCCGGCAGCGGCAGCGCAACGGGCUGGUGAGGGCAGCACUGGAGAAGCUAGAGAAAGGCCCAGAGCCGGGGCAGAGCCAGGAGUUGUGUGGCAGCCUGAAGCAGGCCGCCCCGGCCAUCCAGGCCUGUGUGGAAGCCUGCAACCUCAUUGCCCGUGCCCGGCGCCAGCAGAGUCACUUUGACAGUGGGAACGAGGAGUGGUUCCUGGUGGGCCGCGUGCUGGACCGUGUCUGCUUCCUGGCCAUGCUCUCCCUCUUUGUCUGUGGCACUGCUGGCAUCUUCCUCAUGGCCCACUACAACCGGGUGCCCUCCCUGCC